CAUUGAUAGAAAAGCUUGAAUUUGUCAAAAUGUGAAUGUAAACAAACUAAUUUCUAACAAUUUUAUGCACCCUAAAAUGCAUCAAAAAAUCAACGGCUUAAAAUAUGAAAAUUACAAGAGAAAGGAGUCACAAAAACCGCUUUUAUUCAGUUCUAAUGAUGUAGAUAUUUUAGCCGCUGAAAGUUCCAGGGCACGACGUAUAAUACAAAAUAAGGAACUGAAUACCUUCCAUGGCUGCAGGAAUAAAAAUGAUUCAAAUUUUGAUAUGACUAUGCGAAAUAAUAUGCUGCACACCUAUCCCGCAUUUGUACGAAGUUUACGAUGGAGUCCUUCAGUUAAUUCAUUGUCCGAAGCAUCCCGGUCCGAAUCUUUUACAUGUAAUUGUAAACAGUGUACCAAAGUAAAAUGUCCAAAACAUAAGUAUCACCUAACAAACUUUAAGGAGAACAUAAUGAGAUUUUGUGACACUGGGACGAUGACUCCACGUGUGACUGAUGUAUGUUGCGGAGUGUCUUCUUCUAUCAACCCAGCUUAUACAUCCAGCAUUUCAUUAUCUACUGAUGAUAUUGCCGUAAAAGAUGAUUAUAGUUAUGCUCACCCCAUUUCGGGCUCAAUAUUCAAAAAUGACAGUACUGGCUUUUUACAUAAUGAUAAAAAAUGCCAAAUGUUAGUUCAUCAAGCUGUCCGUAGUGUGCAAGACCAUGAUUCUAGCUCUUGUGCUAAGGUGCCAAGAGGGAAGGCAAGAAUCUGUCCUAGUAACAUUGAGCUAGGACGAAUAUACACAAGAAGAAAUUAUAGCAGAUCAGAUUUUUUCAACACUCGUCUUAAUGAUAAAGAAGCACUGUCCGUGCCAAUAUGCAAACAACAAAACGCCUACAGGGGAUAUCACGAUAACUGUAGAAAAUCUCAAAAUUAUUUGAAUAUCAACGAUAAUACACGACAGCUCGAAGCUGAUGCAAUGAAACGUUUCCAGUGUCCAAAGAAGCAAGUGCGGCGUGAUCCAUGUAUAAAAUUACCAAAGAAAGUGCUUAGUUCUGUAAAAGAUAUUGAAAGUUAUAGAGGCAAGGGACAUAAAAAGUGAGAGGCAAGCUUAAGAUAUAUUUAUCAAGGAAUUUUAAAAGUCGGAACUACAAAUACAACAUUUGUAUGUUUGUUUACCAGACUUUUCUCCUCAAGCAAACUGAUGCUGUAAAAAACUGUAUCUUAAUGAAGUUGAAAUAAAACCCUUAAAAAUAUAAUACAUUCAUUGGACAACUCACAUAGAGAGAGAAAAAAUUGAUUUUUUUUUACCUUCAAAAGUAAUAAGUAAGAUUGUGAGUGAAUAUACAUAAAACAUAUACCUAUUAUGGUAAAUAAUAUGGAAGCAGAUAAGGCACGAGUCGUGUCAAGCUGAAUGGUAGUCGUUUGACCCGGCGUCGCUCGCCCGGCCGGGGUCAACAGCUGCGGAGAAAGCAUCCGUGAUUGGAUAAUCUUACUUCAAUUGGCGCACGGCAGCUCAGAUACCAACA